UCAGUCGUGUUUCGAUCGCACUUUGAGUACAACGCCACGCAAUGACAAAGUGUUCAGUGAAAAACUGUUCAAAUAAUACUAUAUCCAAACUUAAAAAGGAUGGAGUGUCGUAUUUCAGUUUUCCGAGAAAUCCUAUACGGUGUUCUGAGUGGGCAGCGAUCAUAGGAAAAGCUCGAGGUGAAGAAUUUUACAAGCCACAUAAAGGUUCCGUUGUCUGUUCCGAUCACUUUCUUCAGUCGGACAUUUACACAACAAAUAAAGGUUUCAGAAGACUCAUUAGAAGCGCAAAACCAACAUUCCGUGUUUGGUGCAUUCCGUGCUGACUAUAUUAAUCAUACAUAAUAUAACGCUCAGAACGUGAGCAGGCCCGAGCGAUAUGAAGCAGUUUGAAUUCGGCCUUAUAAGCCCGAAUACGUUUCCCGCCGCGGCAGUCUGUGUGUGAGUGUGAGUGAAGUGAAACGUCUGUGUCACGUUGUCCAGUUCCAAGACAAACAGUGCGUGAAAUUUAAUUUAAAAAUGACUUACUGUAUAGUGAAAGGAUGUUACAACGCGUCUCAUAAUAAAAAAAGGAAGGAGAAGAAAAUCACAUUUCAUUCAUUUCCUUCGAAUCCCAUUGCUGCUGCUCGAUGGAUAGAUAAAAUACGACUUAAUCGAAAACAAAAAUGUUGGAAGCCAACAAAAUAUUCUAUGAUAUGUUCCGAGCAUUUCGAUGAUAAAGAAAUAUAUGGUACUAAAGGUGGCUAUAGUAAAUUAGUUCAGAAUGCUAUUCCAACAAAGGGACUGCAUAUUUUUUGCAGAGAUGAAUGUCACAAUAGUAAUGACAACCUAAAUGAUCCUCCCAAUUUGGAUAAGACACGGCUGGGCUCAUCGUGUCAUGAAGCCAACGAAAAUAAUCAAAAUAUCAAUUGCAACGUAGCAGAAGGUUCAAACGAGCCCAACACUACAAAUAAGAUCAGUGAUGCUCCGAUGUCAGAUGAUAACGCUGAAUACGAAGUUAUAAUAAAAUCAGAAGUAGAUUCCGAUGAUGAAGGCCACAGAGAACCCACCUCACAAUUACCACAAGUUACUCAAUACUCUACACCUGCUCUAAAUGUUCAACCAUCAACAUCAACUAUGAAUUAUUCAAGAAACACUGAGGAUACGACAAUGUACGAAGAUAAAGAAAUAUUCGAAGCUGUUAUAAAAAGAGAACCACCUUCUCAUGACGAAACCUCCAGCACCAUAUUUUUACCACAUGCUGACAAAUGCUCUCCUUUAUUCGUGAAUUCUUCAGCUUCAUCUGUGAAUAAUACAGCAAUGACAGAAGGUAAUACAAAAAGCGGAGUAAUUAUAAAAAGAGAACCAGAUUUUGAUAGCGAAUAUUCCGGCAACAUAGAUAUAGUUCAUACUGAUGUGCGAAUAAAUUCUUUACAAGAACAAUCUAAGUGUAACCUGAGCGGUCUAUAUGAAGACUCGAAGACGUUGAUCUGGGCAAAGAAGUUAGCCAGAAUGACUCCUCAACAGAGGCUACUUGCUGAAAAGGCGAUAGACCAAGUACUCAAUGAAGCCGAGCUUGGGAAUCUACGUGAGGGUUCAGUUAGAAUCAAUUAAAACUAAGGAAUAAAUAAAUAUAAAUUAAUAAA